UUUGUGUGUCUUGCUCAUGGUAUCCUACACAAGAAUAUUAAAGAUAUCUUGAACACGGCGCAAUGAAAAAGUGUCUGACGCAUUUUUUGCACCAGUAACUUACAGCAGGUACUUACGCAUCAAGGUUAAUUCUGAGCCUUGAGCAGAUCUUAAGCAAGCCAUAAGCAACAAUUUUCAACCAUAGUCUUCCUCCAGAAUUGAGUUAUAAUCUGGCACGAAUUUCUAGUGUAAGACUUGCACUAGACUUGCAAUUCAAAUCUGGUCACAAGUAUCUGCAGCAAGACACAUACGUAGAAAAAGACACUAGCACCUAUUAAUCUUGAGAGCAGACUUACUCAAGAAUUAAAAAAAAUUUUUAUAUGGGUAUACCUACACACUUGAACGUCUCAUAGAUGUAAUCUAAAACGCAAUCAGUCAUUCGAUAGAUAUUGUCAACUAUAAAUACCACCUGAGAGCUUAUUAAAUUAGAUAAUUUAUAAAAAUUAAUGUAAUAACUGUGAGGUUUAAUGUGAUAAAUAUGAACAAAAAAUUCAAUUCUCCAAAAGUAAUACGUACUUUUUUCAACCGUCUAUUCCGCAGCCCGACAGAUGCGGAGACAGAAAAGUCUGACAGGAUAGGAAAUCCUAGUAUUGAAGCAGUUGCUUCUCAAGCCAGUCCAGUACCAACUCCUCCACCAGAUCCUAUACGACCUGUACCGCAAAUUCCAGAUACAGACGUGCCUUCGGCAAAAGUAUUCGUCGCUCUCUAUGAUUACGAUGCUAGGACUGAUGAAGACCUUAGUUUUCGUAAGGGUGAACAUCUGGAGAUACUCAAUGAUACUCAGGGCGAUUGGUGGCUUGCUAGAAGCAAGAGGACCAGACAAGAAGGUUACAUACCCAGCAAUUAUGUCGCUAAACUUAAAUCUAUUGAGGCUGAACCCUGGUACUUCAGAAAGAUCAAACGUAUUGAGGCCGAGAAGAAGCUCCUAUUGCCAGAGAAUGAUCAUGGGGCAUUUUUAAUACGUGAUUCUGAAAGCAGGCAUAAUGAUUACUCACUUUCUGUCCGUGAUGGUGACACUGUCAAACAUUAUCGGAUUCGACAGUUAGAUGAAGGAGGAUUUUUCAUAGCAAGACGCACGACAUUUAGAAACCUUCAGGAUCUUGUUGAGCAUUACAGCAAAGAAGCCGAUGGCCUGUGUGUAAAUCUCUGCAAGCCGUGUGUACAGAAACCCGUGACAGAAGGAUUGAGUCAUCGAACAAGGGAUCAAUGGGAAAUUGAUCGGUCUUCACUGAAGUUCGUAAGGAAACUUGGACAGGGACAAUUUGGUGAGGUAUGGGAAGGCUUGUGGAACAACACAACACCCGUUGCUAUCAAGACUCUCAAACCAGGCACAAUGGAUCCUAAAGAUUUCCUCGCAGAAGCACAAAUUAUGAAAAAACUACGUCAUGCUAAACUUAUACAACUGUAUGCUGUUUGCACAAUGGAAGAACCUAUUUAUAUUAUUACAGAACUCAUGAGAAAUGGCAGUCUUCUUGAGUUCUUGCAAGGAAAAGGUCGAGGAUUGAAGCUUCAGCAGUUGAUCGACAUGUCUGCGCAAAUCGCUGCUGGUAUGGCGUAUCUCGAGUCACAAAAUUACAUCCAUCGGGAUUUAGCAGCCCGAAAUGUUCUUGUGGCUGAUGGAAAUGUUGUUAAAAUAGCUGAUUUUGGCUUAGCCCGAUUAAUAAAAGAAGACGAGUAUGAAGCUCGUGUAGGUGCAAGAUUCCCAAUUAAAUGGACCGCACCAGAAGCUGCCAAUUACAGUAAAUUCAGUAUUAAAUCGGACGUAUGGUCGUUCGGUAUACUUUUGACUGAACUUGUAACAUAUGGACGAAUUCCAUAUCCUGGUAUGACAAAUGCUGAAGUAUUACAUCAAGUUGAACACGGCUACCGAAUGCCAUGUCCUCCUGGAUGCCCGACAGCACUUUAUGAUAUAAUGCUAGAAUGUUGGAAUAAAGAUCCAAUGAAGAGGCCAACUUUUGAAACUCUUCAAUGGAAGCUCGAAGAUUUCUUUACAAUGGAAGGCUCUGAGUAUAAAGAAGCAUCCGCAUAUUGAGUCUCAUGUUUUGAACAAAUAAUUGAUUAUAUAAAAUUAACGAACAAAUAACAUCUAAUUUAAAUAAUUAAAAGAGAUAUAACCAUAAAUAUUAAUUCAGACUGGUAAUCUUACUACGAUCAUCUAUAUAGUAAUGUUUAUUUUUAUAACGUCGCCGUUAUUAUCUCGUACUUGUUUACAUGAUAUUCUGGCUGCCAUAUAACGAAAGAAAAUAAGGAAUGAUUGUUAAGUAAGAGAUAUUAAUAACAGGAGAAGAGUUUCGAUGAUUAAUUAUAAUAUUAAAUCUAUAAAUAAUGAUAUUUAUAAUCUUAGAUUAGGUUAAUAAAAAAAUAUACAUUUUAAAAAUGAGCAAUUUAAAUUAUAAAAUUUGAUCUACCAUAUAUUGAAUGCUCUUCAAUUAAAUUACACGAUAAUUUAAAUGGUCAAUCGAUUUCAAGUUGCAUUCAAAUAUAUAAAUAUGAUAAUUUUAUUGUCGACUGUAGAUUGCAAUUGAGACGUGUUCAUAAAUUUAUAAAAAUUGUGUUUAAUUUUUAUUAUUCAUUUAUUCUUCCGAUGAUAAACGCAGCUCAGCUCUAUUUCUAAUCAGUGAUAAUGAUAAUUAUUGUGUGUAAUAUGAGAUAAUUUACAAACUGGUCCGUCCAUACGGCAAAAAUGCGACGAUUAUCAUACUAAUAGAGGUUAUUCAUUCGAUUUAUUAUGAGUUUAUAUUUACCCAGUACACCGGUCAGUGUACUUUUUUAAAAACUUAUUUUUUUAUUUUUUAAAAAAUUUUAAGUACUGAUUCAAAAUUAACAAAAAAAAAAUUACUCAUAGCAAAUCCUUGCGAAAUUGAGUUUCUAAUUCUUAAGAUCAUUAUUAGACAGUGCCUCCAAUUUUUUUAAAUUUUCAAUUACUCAACUGUCAAUUGCAUCAAAAUUUUGAUAAUUAAUUAAAAAAAAUAGUCGUUGCAAUUUCGCUGAUAUAAAUUAAAAAAAAAUUACUUACGGUUGAUAUCAAUUGAGAAUUUAAAGAAAUUUGGAAAAUAAAUUUCAGUAAAUUUUAUAAUUUGAAUUUAAAAAUUUUUUAGACAAAAAUUUAUCCAACAAAUUUUGUUUAACUUCGAAGUGAUAGCGACUGUAAUUUUGUUUUAAUUUCAUAUCUUCGCGAAAUUGUCGUUUUUCAAUUAAGAUUUUAAUUUUUCUUUAAUUAAUUAAUAAAAUUUGAAUGCUAUGACAGUUGGAAGUCAUUGAAUAUUUAAAAAAACGGGGGCAGUGUCUGAGAAUGCCCUUAAUCCGAUGCUAUUUUUUAUCGAUUCAUUACUUAGAAGUAAGUCGUUUUAUAAUCUUACAUCUAUUAUGAGAAAGUGAUAAAAAAUUUUUAUAUAUUAUUAUUAUUCUUAUUGAUUAAUAGUCAUCUUAGCGGUGUAAUUUUUUUACAACCCCAUUUUCAAGCAAUCAAUGUUAUAUUAACGUACUAUAAAAUCAGUUAUUGAUUUGUCAAUUUCCUAUAAAUAUCUAUAGUUUUUUUUUAUAUUAACAAAUGACGUCUUAAAUAAAUCAUCAAGAUGAUGAGACUUGAUUACAAAUACUUUAUACAUAAAAGACACUAAUUAUGUGUGCAUUUGUGUAGUAUAUAUAUAUAAAUAUAAAAUAGUAAUACUGGAGAAAAUAAUGAUCAUGUUUUGUAUAAAUUAUAAGAAAAAUAACUAAAAAAAAACCCAUGUGUAUGUAGUAAGACCAAUAAUUUUUUAUUUAUGACGAUUGAGAGGCCUCUACUCAUCGCACGUGUUAACUAACUGAUCUUUUUUUAAUUAAUAAAAAAGAAAAAAAAAAAAACAUUACAUAAAACAAAGGAAGAAUAAUGAAACAGUUGAUUGAGAGCAAUUUAAUGGAUGUAAUUGUCAUAUUUUAUGAUACUGAAGUUAGCCGACGUUUAAAAAUUUUUGGGAUUAUUUAAAACUAUAAAUUAUAAUGAUACUGAAGCUAGCAGACGUCUAAUAAUUUUUGGAUUUUUUUCUAGACGAUAAACCAUAAAAAAAAAAUAUUUGCAAAAAUUGCACAUGUAGUUUUUUAAAUUUUCUACAUGUGCAUUUUUUUAAUUUAUUUUUUUUUUUUUUUGUAAUUGAUUUUUGAUAACAAAAAUUCAAAAAUUUUCAAAUGUCUACUAACUUCAGGAUCAUAAAUAAGAAAGAAAAAAAAAAUUUUUUUAAAUUGCACUUAUUGUUUUUUUAAUUUUCUACAUGUGCAUUUUUUUUUUGAUUUGUUAAAAAAAAAUCCGUAAAUUGUUAAUUGUCUAUUAGCUUCGAGAUCAUCAUAUUUUGUAAUGAAACUGAAGUUAGCCGAUAUCUAAUAAUUUUUGGAUUUUUUUUGAACGAUAAAUUAAAAAAAAAAAAUAUUUGAAAAAAUUGCACUCAUAGUUUUUUUAAUUUUCUACAUGUGCAUUUUGUUUUUUUUUGAUUUGUUGAAAAAAAAAUCUGAAAUUUGUUAAUUGUCUACUAGCUUCAAGAUCAUCAUAUUUUUCAGUGCGUCAUUCCUUCUUAAGCGAGAGCUUAAAUAUAAUUAAUAAUUUUAGGAACUGUAUUCGAACGAAAAAAUCUUUCGAUACAUUAUAUAUAUAUAUAUAUAUAUAUAUAUAUAUUAUAUUUGCUACCUUGGAUGGCAAAUGCUUUAUUUC